CUAAUGAACAUUCGGCGGUUUCGGUUAAAGCCCGCCAGCAGUGGGCCUAUCUUCAAGAUCUGUGAUUGGACACGGUCGCGAGCCAAUAGAAUCCCGGAUCGACGACCUGGGCAUGCCUGCCCCGCUGCCGUCGGUGACACUUGGGUCAUGCCCCACAUCGAUACCUCGAUUUGACUUUCCAAGCAGGUCAGUCACCCCCACCUUCUCUAUCAGAAGCGUCGCUGGUUGAGGUGCACCUUUCCAUUGGUUUCCGGCCAGGCCAACGAGCGCAUCAUCCGCAUUUUACUUACAUACGCAAUCCCAUCUGCGCAUCUUCUACGGAUGCCACGGCAGCCCAUUCUUUGUCACAGGCUUCUUACCAAUACAACUCUGUUCACCAGCACACAACAACCCCAGUGCAACGGGGAAUUACAUACCUUACACUACCGACGAUCGGACUUUAGCUUCCCGGUCCCGACCUGUGAAUCACCUUUGGCCCCGCUAUCGUGCUUCGUUGAAUGUUGGAUCAUUGGCAGACCUGCAACGGUAUCGACUUUCAGCGCAAGAGGUGCAUGCCUUGGCCGUCCAUGAUCUCGAACACUCGGCAGUCGCCCAUAUUCCAGCUCUACAACCCUCCCAGCAACCAACGCCCGUCUUGAGUUACGUCACGCGAGAUGGAUACCCCUACAUGCCCCCCGCCGCGGGACGACCGCGAGAAGGAGAUUCUCGAUAAGCUGGUUACGAUCCGCGACAGACUUCUGCUCCUGAAGCAGGAUCGUACCACCUAUAUUCGGAGCCAGGACGUUCUCCCGCUCUACGAAGAGACGAUCGAGCAGGUUCGCCUGCUCAAUGAAGCCCGGACGUCUGACCGAAGGGAGGAGAAUAGAGUGGACAGAGUCUUGGAGAGCUGCUUCCAACUGCUUUCGCUCUUUUUCAUGACCAUCGGACGAAACAACGAAGCUCCAGCAGCCUAUGCCCUGACCUCGACCGUCCGAAGAUUGUUGGACCACCUCACCGAAGUCGACUUGUAUUCCAUCAAGGACUUGGAAAGCAUCUCACACACCCUGACAAAGCUCGAGCAGAAUGUCAAGACUACCGAGACCGAGUACCCUCCAUAUCUCAUCACCCUACUUUCGAACCGACUGGAGCUCUGUGACAAGUCUCUGGCAAACCUUCGGAAGCGAUUGGAGCGAUUCGAGGAUCCCCUGCCAAAGACAUAUGAGAAGCUGAUCUCUAUCCUGAGAUCCAUGUCUCUGGCGAACACCAGAACAAAGUUCUCGCCAUCAGAGGUCCAGAAGCUGCAAGCUCAAUUGCGGGAGAUCGAGGAGAAGAGACAGGAGGGCAAGCUGCUGACUGCGGACGGAAAGACGCCCGGCGGAUUUGAUGAGGUGACCGCUUUGCUGGAGAAAUGCCUCUUGUGGUCUGAUUUCGUUCUUCAGAGGAAAGGAGUGAUUCCCGACUCUUUCAAGCCAACGUACGACAUCUUGUUCCGCAUUCGCAACGAGUUGGAGAAACUUUCGAUCACGCAAGCAUGGUCCCUUCGUGAAGCGGAUCUCUUUGACUUCCAGAGACAGUUGGACAAGAUCGACGAGAGCCGAAUCGACGGCAACUGGGUGGAUGACGAAGGCAAGCCUGCAGAGCUCUACGUUCAGCGUACGAUGCUCUAUCUUAUCAGAAGAAGCUACGCCUACAUCUACUCGUUGAUGAUUUCGUCAGAGCCCGUUUCCGAAGCCUUGCUGCCGAUCUACAACCAGCUCCAAACACUCAAGCGAUGUCUCAUCGAGGUCAAGAACAGCGGCGGUGUGCAAUCCGUGAGGGAGCUGUACCCUUACAGCAUGAAGCUGCACUCGAUUGACAACAUGCGUCAAGACGGCAAAUUCAUGAUCAACGACGAUAUCCCGGAAGGGCAGGGCAGUGUAACGGAGCUUCUUGCUGAAUGCUUCGAGCUCAACUAUGAGCUCAGAGUCGCUGCUGAAGAGCAAGCCGAGGCUUGAUGACGAUAAGGAAGGGACCUGUUUUGUUUGGCGUAAACGGAUUAGCGAUUUGUAUCAUGUCGGUCUCUGUGUGGUUUCUCUUCUGGCCAGUGAAACUGUGAUGGACGCAGUUCAAUGGGAAAUGGUUAAACGGGACGAGGCAAACUCAAGUGUACUCAAUUAUGGACCAAUGACAUGAUUUCUUUCCACAUUUGCGAACCUGAGCUCGGGGCCCCCUCUCUGCCAGAGAUCGGAUGGCACAUCAGAUAGCGACAGUGUGAUGGUCAGGCGCUGCUCCCAACUCACGGGGGUCUGAAGUACAUCAGACCUUGUAGCACGCCAAUUCUGUCACAUAAAUAUCAUGGAGUGGCCAUGACCAGACUUAGAUGCUACACCGGGAGACUAUCGAGACCGUAGCUCCCUGUUGCCAACUAUGCAUGCCUCUUGAGAAUGCCCAGGCUUU